CGAGAUGGCCGCGCGUGUGGGCCUCCUGCUGCGCGCCCUGCCACUGCUGCUGUGGGGCGGCCUGGACGUGGACGCCCGGCUCGCGGAGCGCGUAGGCCAGGAGCUGCGCAGGGAGGCAGAGGUGUUUCUGGAGAGGUAUGGAUAUCUCAGGGAACAGGUCCCCAAAUCUCCCUCCUCCACGGGAUUCAGCAAUGCCAUCAGGGAGUUCCAGUGGGUGUCCCAGCUGCCCAUCAGUGGAGUGCUGGACCCUGCCACCCUUCACCAGAUGACACUGCCCCGCUGCGGGGUUGCAGACACUGACAGUCAGGCAGCCUGGACUGAGAGGGUCAGUGCCCUGUUUGCUGGACGACGGGCCAAAAUGAGACGUAAGAAACGCUUUGCAAAGCAAGGCAACAAGUGGUACAAGCAACACCUCUCCUAUCGCCUGGUGAACUGGCCCCAGCACCUGCCGGAGCCCGCAGUCCGGGGAGCGGUGCGCGCCGCCUUCCAGCUGUGGAGCAACGUCUCAGCGCUGGAGUUCUGGGAGGCCCCAGCCACGGGCCCUGCUGACAUCCGCCUCACCUUCUUCCAAGGGGACCACAACGAUGGGCUGAGCAACGCCUUCGACGGCCCAGGGGGCGCCCUGGCGCACGCCUUUCUGCCUCGCCGAGGCGAAGCGCACUUCGACCAGGACGAGCGCUGGUCCCUGAGCCGCCGCCGCGGGCGAAACCUGUUCGUGGUGCUGGCGCACGAAAUCGGCCACACGCUCGGCCUGACGCACUCGCCCGCGCCGCGCGCACUCAUGGCCCCGUACUACAAGCGGCUGGGCCGCGACGCGCUGCUCAGCUGGGACGACGUGCUGGCGGUGCAGAGCCUGUACGGGAAGCCCCAAGGGGGCUCUGUGACGGUCCAGCUCCCAGGAAAGCUAUUCACUGACUUUGAGGCCUGGGACCCCCACAGACCCCAGGAAAGACGCCUCGAAACCCAGGGACCUAAAUAUUGCCACUCUUCCUUCGAUGCCAUCACUGUAGAUGGGCAACAGCGACUGUACAUUUUUCAAGGGAGCCACUUCUGGGAGGUGGCAGCUGAUGGCAAUGUCUCAGAGCCCCACCCACUGCAGGAAAGGUGGGCCGGGCUGCCCCCCAACAUUGAGGCGGCUGCAGUGUCAUUGGAGAAUGGAGACUUCUACUUCUUCAAAGGAUGUCGAUGCUGGAGGUUUCGGGGUCCCAAGCCAGUGUGGGGUUCUCUACAGCUGUGCCGGACAGGGGGCCUGCCUCGCCACCCCGACGCAGCCCUCUUCUUCCCUCCUCUGAGCCGCCUCGUCCUCUUCAAGGGUGCCCGCUACUAUGUGCUGACCCGAGAGGGAUUGAAGGUGGAGCCCUACUAUCCCCGAGGCCUGCAGGACUGGGGUGGUGUCCCUGAAGAGAUCAGCGGUGCCCUGCCCCAGCCAGAGGGCUCUGUCAUCUUCUUCAGAGAUGACCGCUACUGGCACCUGGACCAGGCCAAACUACGGGUGACUGCCUCUGGCCGCUGGGCGGCAGAGCUGCCCUGGAUGGGCUGCUGGCAUGUCAACUCGGGGGGCGCCCUGUUCUAAAGGCACCCCAACCUCAUAGUGAACUUUUGGUGCUCUCAUGGCCAAUGUGUGUCCCCUGCCCAGGGACAGAAUCUGUCUUGGAAGCCUCCGAGCCUCCCUGCAGAAGUCCUAGCAGAGAAAUUUGUCUACGUUCGUUCCCUGGACCAUGUGGCGUUGUCUUGAUGCUGUUCCCGCCACAUGGAAGUGGUGCUGGGAUCAACCCAAGGAGAAGCCAAAAAGGGUCUCAGACCCCACAGCUGUUUUCUCAAAGACACUUUCCUCCCCAAGCCUUGGGGACUUUGGUUCUUCCACUUAAGUGGCAGCUCGGGUCAGAGUCAGCAGCACUGGGCAACCAGCGAGAAUGCAAAUCUCAGCAGAGAGGUUGGGACCACUUUGCAAGACUGCUGCCUUCUCCUUAGGACCUUCCAGCUCAAUUCUUGGAGAACAGUAUCAUAUUUAAUCAGAGGCCCCAACCCCAGAAAGCCUGGAUGGGUGGGGUACAGGGUCUCCAAACUCUGAGGCCCUGAGGGGUGUCAGGAUCUAGAGCAAGAGGGAGACUGAUGCAGUCCUGCUGGGAGGCUGGAAUAAAGAGGUGUCCCCAGCUGGUGGGCCUGGAGUCACAAAUCAGCUUUCUAUGGAAUAGUUUCCAAUGAGAGCAGGUGGGAAUGGAUGCUGGUGAGGCAGAGAUCAUGUUCUUCCUCUGACGAAGCCAGGGCCAGCUGGCUGUGUGUGUGUAUGUGUUUGGCUGUGAUGGGAAGAGGGAGCCUGCCUCUCCUCAAAAAGCUAAAUGUCCUUGUCCCCUCCCCUCACCCCUCAGACCGGAUGGAGAAACAGGGUGGCAGGGAGAGGACAGGGGCCUCUCUGGAGGUCUCCAC